AUGGGAUUUUAUUUAUGUAGUCGUUAUAGAAUAAUUGUUCUUAUUCUUGUUAUAUUAAUUAUGUGGCAGAUUUAUGCUAAUUAUUCACAUUUUAUGUUGACAAAAUCUACCACUACUUCAGCGAGUAAUAUUGUACAAUUAGAAGAUGAUUCUUAUAAUACACAUAAACAAGAUAAAGUUAAAGUAAGAGUGUAUUAUGAAACAUUGUGUCCUGAUUCAAAGCAUUUUUUCGUGAGACAUUUAGGACCAGUGACAGAAAAGCUUUCAGAUUUUCUUGAUGUCACAUUGGUACCAUAUGGUAAAGCAACUACAACUGAAAGAAAUGGACAGUACUAUUUUAAGUGUCAACAUCAAGAAGAAGAAUGCUAUGCAAAUAAAGUACAUGCAUGCAGUAUUGAUAUAUUAAACAAUAUAGUAUUAGCUGUUAAGAUAACAGUGUGCAUGAUAGAAGAUAACUAUGAUGCUGACGGUGCUCUACAUAAGUGUGCCAAACAACUGAAUAUUGAACCGGAGCCAAUAAUCAACUGUGCUGGAACUACGCAUGGUUCAGAAUUACUGAAAAAGUAUGGAGAUGACACACAUAUACUGAAACCUACUUUUAUACCAACUGUUACAUUAAAUGGUUCGAGGGAUAAUCAAGCUGCCAUAUUGAAGAAUUUUCUUCUAGAAGUUUGUAAGUUAAUUGCUAUGCCCCUACCACCACCAUGUUUGUGA